AUGAAGGUCAUUGUCUUGGGAGCCACGGCUUUGCUGGCCUCCACGGCUUGGGGUCAUACAAUCUUCUGUCAGCUGAAGACUGACGCGCAGACAUAUGCUGUGUCUUACGGAAUUCGCACACCGUCAUACGAUGGGCCCCAAACCGACGUUAGCUCCAGCAACUUGGCCUGCAAUGGCCCACCGAACCCGACAACGCCUUCGGACAAGAUUAUCGACGUCAAGGCAGGAGGAACCGUCAACGCCAUCUGGAGACAUACGCUUCAAUCUGGUGCAAAUGAUGUGAUGGACGCUGGCCAUAAGGGUCCCGUCAUGGCGUACCUGAAGAAAGUCACCGAUGCCAAAUCCGACAGUGGCGUCGGGAACGGCUGGUUCAAGAUCCAAGAAGCAGGCUGGAGCAACGGAGUAUGGGGCACCGACACUGUAGUCAACAGCGGUGGUAACCAGGCUAUCAAGAUACCCGACUGCAUCGAGAACGGGCAGUAUCUCCUGCGCGCCGAGAUGAUUGCUCUCCAUGGUGCGCGAAGUGCGGGAGGGGCACAGCUUUACAUGGAGUGUGCGCAGAUUAAUGUCACGGGAGGGACGGGGACGAAGAACCCUACUACGGCUAGCAUUCCGGGGAUCUACAAGUCUAACGAUCCUGGUCUUCUGAUUGAUAUCUACAACCAUCCUCCUAGCAGCACCAACCCCUACAAGAUACCCGGUAGGCAGAAAACAUGAGCACUCCACGAGGCAAGAGACUAAUUUCUUGUUGCAGGCCCGGAGGUAUUCACUUGCUGAAUAGGUUUGAAAAGUUGAAGAGCAACGUCAUUUUCCAGGGGUUUUGCUGUGCGCUAGGUUCACGCACAGGACAGGAACUGGUGAGACCCGCCGACAUUUCAGAGCUGUG